UUAGAAUAGAGCUGUUAUUAUUUAUAACGUGUUUCGCCCACUAUCACCCAAGCAGCCACCCUUUACCAAAAUUUACUGUAAGACUCUCCUAUGUUUAAAUAUACUUUCUCUUACAACUGCGCUGCUCUGUCAGUGCAUUAAUUGUGAGGUCACUGUAGGCAGGCAAUUGGACACAGGAUGGAUUGGGGCCGUCUGAGGCCAAAUGGGAUGAGAUUAGCCAAAUCCUUGAUGGCUGAACCUCAAGGCUCUUCACUGUGUGCAGCAAGUAGAUCAUUAGCCAUUUCUUCCACCAUAGUCCUUGUAGCACCAAUCCCUUUUGCAUCCAGCUCAAGUAUGCGUGCAACUAUUGCCUCCUCCUCUAUCUUCUUCAGCCUGCUUGAGUUGAGCCGACAGUUGCAUUGUGCAAGUUUUCCAUUGCAUCAUUCUCUCAGUGUUGUCUGGGGAAUGUUAAAUGCCUUUGACGCGUGUUUUGUACUGUCAGGCACAGUAGCUUGGGUAGCCUUAAUUGCAAGGUAUAGUGUGCCUUCAAUUUGUAAUGAUGAAAACAGCCUUUGUCCAGAGGCUGUUUUUGAGCAACAGUCGGAACGAGUCGUGCAGAGAAGCAGCCUGAUCAGCACACGAAUCGCUCAACGGGACACUGCGCGCGCCCUCGGCUUGGUGCGAACUAGGUGGUCCAAUAAGCGUCCGACAAAAGAUCCACUUGACCCAACUUGGCGUAUCCAGCUCAAGAGCGGCAGCGUUCUGCGUUCUGCGUUCCGUACAAAAGAUCAGGCCAUGUCUGCUGCGGUGUGUGGCCUGCGUACCCACUUUAGGUUGCACAACAGGCUAGCCUGGCAGCUUUGUGACCUGGGGUUGCAAUUGCAAUUGUCCGCAAGUCCCAGAGACCGCGUGAGGAGUGCAUGCGCCCCCAUCGCACUCGUCGAUGCGGAGGGCCACUCGGAACACGCAGCGAAAAGCCAGCUGGGUGCGGUGGGAGGUGAGUGGGAGCUGGGUGACGCAUGAGCAGAGGCUAUGCAGGUAAAAGCAACGUCCGCAGCAUCGCCCUCAGGCUUCUAUGGGAGAGCGGACACGCACAUGGCUGGGCUUGAGCGUUAAGGAUAGAGCGUGCAGUAGUGACGAGUUUCCUUCAAUCGGAUUGCGGAAAGGAGCAAGGGCC